AUGGUUGUAGAAACAGCAUACUAUGACGCCCUCGGCGUAACGCCCACGGCAAGCGAACUCGAAAUCAAGAAGGCAUACCGCAAACUUGCGAUCAAACUGCAUCCCGACAAGAACCCCGGCGAUGAAACCGCGCACGCAAAAUUCCAACAAAUUGGAGAAGCAUACCAGAUCCUGAGCGACGACCAGCUGCGAGCAGCGUACGACAAGUAUGGAAAGGAAGGAGCGAUGCCGAGCAGCGGGUUUGGUACGACUCGUCUACCAACAGCUUUACAAGUACGGAGCGCUGACUAG